CGAAUCGAUGAGAAAGCCUACAAGCCCUCUUUUCUUUUGGCUAACAACAAUUCUCUUCUGAUUCUCUUCUUUUAUCCAAAAACCUAGAAGUUCGUCUUCUCAAAAUAAAGCUUAAUGAUGGGAAGAGGAGGAGGAAGAGAUAGACUUCGUAGGGAUCAUUAUUCAAGAUCUACAGAGAAAUCUCAUUCCGGGAGGGCCAAUAUUAACCCUCCUCCUCCAUCCCGACGUCUUUGGGUUGGAAAUUUGUCUCAUCACGUAACCGAAACUGAACUUUCUGAGCAAUUCUUGAGAUUUGGAGAAGUUGAAAGUAUUGUUUUUCACCCUGGUCGUAGUUAUGCGUUUGUUAAUUUCAUGAAUGAUGAAGAUGCAUUAAUUGCAGUUACAGCACUUCAAGGGUUUGUUCUUGCUGGCUCCCCAAUUAAAAUCGAGUUCGCUAAGGCGGAGAGGUCAUCACGGGAUGAGAAGACUCCAACGCGGCGUCUUGAAAACUCAUCUGUAGAACAAGAAAGCUCAUUCUCUUGGAAAGACUCAAGAACACAUCAUUCCAUUCCAGAUCCAUCUUUUCUUGACAGUAACUCUAGGAUGGGGGAUAAGAACGCCAGACCCAGUGAGGUCUUAUGGAUAGGGUUUCCAGCUUCACUGAAUGUGGAGGAGACAAUCUUAAGGAGGACUUUUUCACCAUUCGGUGAGAUCGUGAAAAUUACUGCAUUUCCUGGACGCAGUUAUGCCUUUGUACAGUUCGCAACAGUAGCGGCAGCUCGCCUAGCUAAAGAAACCCUCCAGGGGAAGUUGUUUAAUAAUCCUCGUGUAAGUAUUUGCUUUGCAAGGAGUGAAGUCAGCCCAUCUGAGCAUUAUAGAAACUCUGUAAGUGAGCCCUUCUCUCCGCAUUCCAGUUAUCGGCAGGAUUAUUUACAUGGGAAUUCAACAGGGCCAACCCACAGAGGAUCUCCUCAUAUUACUUCUCAUUUUGAGUCUGGUGAUUCUGGUUUUAUUGGGUUUGAUAGGAAAAAUACUUUACAGAAUGGUGGAAGUAGAGACUACGAGCAGAUGAGCUUGCAUGAACCAGGAUCACGGUUUGGAUUUUCUGAAACAAUGUAUAAACAUUAUACAAGUAGUCCUUCAAGGGAGACAUUUCAUCUAAUGAAUUCAUCUCCAAAAAGAUUUGUACCUUUUGAAGAUCCUGCGUAUUUGCAAGAUGAUGCUUUUCUCUACCAAGAAACAAAGAAGCAAAAGAUGGGGUUAUACCCUUCUGAUGAAAACCGUCCAGGUUAUCCUUUGUCUGGCCCUCCCGGGGAAUACAUGGAUUUCCCGGAACACGAGAGUUAUGAAGAAACAGAUGAUCAUUGGAGAACUCCUUAUGAAAGCUUUGCAGCACGUUCUGGUUCUUUGCCAAUAAACCCUGUUAAGCGACGGACUCUUAUUCCUGAAUGGCGUCAGCGUCCUUUGAAGGAUGAGUGGAAGUGGGAGGGAACAAUAGCAAAGGGUGGUACUCCUGUCUGUCGUGCUCGCUGCUUUCCUGUUGGAAAGGUGCUGGACUUCAUGUUGCCCGAGUUCAUAGAUUGCACUGCCAGAACAGGCCUUGAUAUGCUUGCGAAGCAUUUCUAUCAAGCAGUUAGCAGUUGGGUGGUCUUCUUUGUCCCUGAAUCUGACGCUGAUAUAGCAUUAUAUAAUGAAUUCUUGCAGUAUUUGGGUGAAAAAGAGCGAGCCGCAGUAGCUAAAUUAGGUGAGAAAACCACUUUAUUUCUUGUACCACCAUCAGAUUUUUCCGAGAAAGUCUUGAAAGUGCCAGGGAAAUUGAGCAUUUCUGGUGUCAUCUUAAAGUUUCAUGCCCCGGAUUCUGAUCUUCGGUCUACUCAUAACCCACCGGAAGCAACGGAAUCAAAGGUCCAAUCUUUCCCUGAAAAUCUUUCAUACAUGAAAACUGUAUCACCGGACCUAAGAACCCCUUCACAUUGUCAAAGUGAGACCUACAAGAAUUCAUUUUCUGAAGGGUUUCCUGCAUUCCCUUCGGUACCCACUUCAAAACAACCAGAAAACAAAGAUACCCCACAUGCAGGUAAUAUUCCACGACCAGACUCAUCGACAUCUUAUUCUGGUUCAGUACGAUUAUCUGGAAGAGCAUCUGAGUUACUCAAUGAAAAUAGCUAUUAUAAUCCGUAUCAACCUGGAAACCCUACUUUGCAGUCCGGUGGAUCUCCUCCCAUUAUUUGGAAUAUGAACACAGGGAAUGGAAAUGUAUCACCUCAUUUGCCCGAAAGUGCUCUUCGUCGGUCUAAUGAUUCUGUCUCACAGGAUUUUUAUCCCUCGAAGCCUGUGGUUACAAAAGAAACAGCCUUAAACCGAUAUACACCUGCAGUUUCAGAUAUAAAUUUAUCCAGUUCCAGCAAUUAUUCCUACCCGGAAAGAGCAUUAAACCAGGUUUCAUCUGUUCCGUCACUGCAGCCUGAGCAGUUAGCUCAGUUAGCAUCUCUUCUUGGACAAAGGCAGCAUACAAAUAGUGGUUCUGCUUUAUCAUUACAGGAAGAUCUUAAACUUUCUGGUAUAAUAAAUCAACAAGGGGUUAGUUUCGAGUCAUCAGAGAAAUCAACUUCCCAAAAUCAGGGAUCUGCUUCAGGCACUUUAGCAUCACAGUUUACUCAAGAUCAUCAGAGACUUCAGAUGUCAAAUGCUGCUACAGUUUCUCAAACAAAUCUAACCGAACCACAGAGAGAGGCUCCUGAGUGGCAGGGGAAUCCAUCAUCUCAGAGCAAUAUUGGUGCCGAAGAAGAAUCAGAAUCAAACCCGCAGAAACGCCUUCAGGCAACAUUGCAGUUGGCAGCAACCCUUCUUCAGCAGAUCCAACAAAAAUCAAAAGGCCCGUUACCAACGUAGUGUGAAAAUUAUCAACUAAUUUCCUUUUUUGGUUCUUUUGUUUUGUUCCGUGUAAGCGGGACAUAGAGGAAUGUGUAUGUGUUUUGGUUGGACAUUACAAUGGCGUGAAGCUUAUAUAUAUCAGGAGUGAAGGAAAUUUCAGUGUUUGCUUUCUCUUUU